AUGGAGAUGCAGCAGCUGCGCCGCCAACAGCAGCAGGGGCAGCAGUCGCAUUUCGGGGCAUCAGGGGACGAGGAUCACGAGCAGAAACAACAGCAACAGGCACAUAACCAACCACUACAACCAACACAGCACCACCAACUACAACCACAACAACAGCAACAACAGCAACAACAGCAACAACAACAGAAUCAACAACCACAAGAACGACACCAGCAGCAAAACGAACAUCUCAAGGAUGCGGAAAUGAUGACCGAUAAGCCAGCCGAGGAGCAGCAGCAGCACGAACACACGGAAGACUUGGACAUGGAGCUAACCGACGAUCAGGACACGGAUGGCCAGGAGGCGGAGGCAGAAGGCGGCGGUGGCGAGGAGGAUGAACGACAGGACCAGCUGGACGACGACGACGACGAGGAGGAUGAUGACGACGAUGGCACCAUCGUCGAGGACAGCGAUGCCACCAGCUGCAGCAGUUGUCGCCGUGCCGAACUGGAGGAGGAGCAGGAGCAACCGCCGCCGCCGCCCUCCGAUGAAGACGUCGCCUAGGUCCAUGCCCGGGAUCACAACUCUUCCCCCAAAUAACGAUACGAUACACACGCACCAUUUCAAGGCACGUCUAGCCAAUGCAAGGAAUACCUGUUCGUUGGUGGUAUUCCUUGCAUUCAACGCCCCGCUGGAUGACUCGCAGAAAGCCAGAAAGCAACCAGAAGAUCGAAAAGCAUGUUCUAUACCAAGCGCUACUAUAGUUCACACACAGUAUUGUACACACACGACACAAGCACUCUUGUAGGGAAGCAUGAGAACCAACGCUGUUUAGUUUCGAACUCAUCAUUUCCCCCAUCCGCCAACUUCGGUUUGUCAGUGGACACACACACACAGUAUGGCCUGGCAGCAACCAUUUGUGAUUUGGAUUGGAACUUAUGUUGAAAUUCCUCAUUUUAUUUUCCCUUGGCCGCGGACGUACGAUGUGCUGGCGCUUUGUUUGGCCCUAUACUUUACCUAUGAAACCUGCAAAUGCGUAAUUAAACAAUUGUUAACUAGAAAUUAACCAAAACCGAA